GAACGAGUCCAGGGUGAUUUAAAUACUCCGGAGAGCUGGAGAUGGCACGUUUUGGGGGGAAACUAAAGUGUGCCAUUGCCGUGGAGCUGCGUGCUUCUGCAGAGCCUGCAAUUUCACAAAGAAAAAAUAAGAGUGAGGCUGAUGAAAAUUCACAUUCUCUCCGUCCCUUCACUCCGCCCACAAGAUCCAAGCCUUCCAUUCUUGUAUUUUUUCUCAUUCACUCCAGCGGGACGACUGAGAGAAGGCCGCACAUCCACACUAUUUGGACAAGAACUUAACACCAAAAGCCCAUUUUGCAACAGGAUUGGAAAUAAGAGCUUUUUCUACUCUAUUUUUGUUUUUCCCUCUUUGAUGCUUUUCUAAGGAUCACACAACCUGGCAGAGAAGUUGGGACUAAUUCAGAAAGCCACAAAAAGACCAAAAGAGAAAGAGGGCUUUUCCAUGAAGGCUUUUGAAAACGAAACAGGGGACUGAUAGAACGGUGUCAGCAGUGUGCACAGCUGUUGUGUGAGGAGAAGGGAAAAUAAAGAGAUAAAGGAGGUAAGGAGGUGCACAAGUGUGAAGGGCGAGGAGAGGAAACUGGCGAGGACGACCAAGGCUGGAGAGAAAGGGAGAUAAAUGGGACACUGAGGGGUUACUCAAGUCGAAGGCCAAGAAAGAUAUAAAGACAAACCCAAACAGAGACACCUGACACAGAAUUAGCAGCCAGAAUGGAGGUGAAGCAAGACAGGGGGAGAAGUCUCUUCUGAAGAGAAAAGGAAGGAGUUGCACUCGACCUGAAGGAGAGGAGAAGGUUUCCUCAUCAUGAUUGAUUCAGCUGAUCUCCCAGUUUCCAACAACCUGUGCAGGAAGAGCAACUUCGUCCCGGGAUAAUAUGAAGAGAAGAGCACAGAGAUUCCUGUCGAAUCUGCUCUAACCCUCCUGCUCCUUCUGAUUCACCUCUUCCCUGUCAUCACCAAGCUCCACACUCACCAACGUCCUUCUCGUCUGCCCUGAUAUCUCCUCUCUCCCCUCUCCAUCCCCUCACUAUGUGGAUACCAGCUGUGAUCCUAUGGAUGCCUGUUAUCAGCAGUUUGUGCUCAGGACAAGACUAUCCAGACUAUUACCAAAGUGUAGACAUGGGCACACAGACUCCAGCGCUGUCAGACAACCAGCCCAGUUUGGAGACGGUGACCAGCAUGGAUCAGCUCUUACAGAUCCUCUACCCCGAAUACAGCCUGAUUCAGCACUGCAUGAGGAAAAAGUCAUGGCAUGCCCUUCCUCCUUCCUCCUCUUCUUCUUUCUCAUCUUUUCUAACCUCUUCAGUGAGCCCCUAUGUCCGGUCUAAAAGCGACGACAUGUGGAAGGGGGAGCCGCUUUAUAAACUGGAUGGCAACUGGGAAGUUAUCCUCGAGGAGUUCCAGCGCACCUCGUGUCAGCCCAGGGAGGUGUGCGUCGAGGUCGCCAAAGAAUACCCAGAAUCCACCAGUCAGUUAUACUUCCCUCGCUGUGUUGCCCUGCAUCGCUGCGGCGGAUGCUGCAGGGACGAGUCCUUUUACUGCACCAACACGAGUUACACGCUCGUUAACAAGACACUGUUGGAGCUAUCUCCGGCCAGGAUGGAUCCGGGAUCGGUCGGCAUGGUUACCUUCAUCAACCACACUUCGUGCGAAUGCCUUUCCAAGCGGCCGCUCCACUCCAUCAUAAGACGGGCGGCGCCGGAUCACCUGUGCUCCCCUCCCGAGCUGCCCUGCGCCCCAGGAUCGCUGUGGGAUCCUCUGAACUGCGUGUGCGUCUCCGUAGACACGAUCAACUACUCUCGGAGGGAAACAGCGCUGGGAUCCGGUCUGCUGGCUCUCUGUGGGCCCAACAGGGUUCUGGAGGAGUCCACCUGCGAGUGCGUCUGCCAGAACGGACUGACGGAGGCCAGCUGUGACCCGGGCUGGAAACUGGACCACAACACCUGUGAGUGCCAGUGUGAAGGCCGAGGUGAGGGGAAGGCGUGCCCGGCCGGCCAGCGCUGGGACGACGAGCUGUGUGGCUGCGUGUGUGCGGCGGACUGUCCCCGGAGUGAACCGCUGAACCCCGACACCUGCCUGUGUGAGUGCAGAGAGAGCCAACACUCGUGUUUGCGGCAGGGCAAGAGAUUCAUCCCCCACACCUGCAGCUGUUACAGGCAUCCUUGCAGAAAACCCAGAACUGUGUGCCAGGCUGGAUUUUACUACAGCUAUCAUGUCUGUCAGUGCAUCCCCAACCACAUGAAGUGGAACUGAACGAAGAGUGCGGGCAGAAAUAAAGGACUG